AGUAUCAGUCUAUCAGAUCACAAACAUGAGUAAACAGUAAAGAAACCACCUCCUCUUGUACAUUUGUCUCGCUGUCUAAAAACUUGAGAGGUUUCCCCUCCCCUUCUCUUGACCUCCUAUCGCUAGGGUUUCCCUAAAUAACGUCUCUCGACCGCUUAAUAGCCCUGAAAAUCUUCAGCACAAUAGCUGACCAUUUUGGGGAGUGAUUCUUACUGAUCAAAUCUGUCGCUGUCAGUAAUUGAAAGCACUUUCUCUGUUAUGAGCUGCCACGCAUUUGGCGAGUAGCUGUCAAGGUCGACUUUGAUUGUCAGUGUCAAGAAAUUCGAAAGUAGCUGUUGGAACUUCUAGUCUGUGGUUGUGGCGUAUUGGCAUGUUAAACCAUAGGUCAUCGCUCUGUCAAUCAACUCCGUCCUUUGUAGCUGUUUUGUUUGAAAUAAGACAUGCUGCUGUGAUGGGAAGUUAGCCAUUUCCUCUUACGUAGAUACAGUUGGAUAUUAAACAGUGAAACUCUUGGCGAGGUGCUACCGCUGCUGCAGUGAGGAGUAUAUGAAUCAAAUUACCUACUGCACGCAAUCUCUCGCUUUCUUCUUAUCACACUGACGCUUAUUCCUAUUUUAAGAAGGUUUAGAGUCAGUGUAGAUUCGAUACCGAGCAAGAACGAGCACUCCGGAUGGCGGGAGUAUUUGGCCGCCUGCCUCCGUACCCUAUGAACGGACUCAACUACCCAUCUCCGAACUUCGACUACUACAGCCCCGAAGCACAUGGACAAAUGUUUGGUCCACCUCGAAAACAACGAAGAGAACGAACGACUUUCACAAAAAAUCAGCUUGAGAUUCUAGAAGAGCUGUUCGCCAAGACUCGUUACCCCGACAUCUUCAUGAGAGAAGAAGUCGCCAUUAAAAUCAACCUUCCCGAGUCAAGGGUGCAGGUAUGGUUCAAGAACAGGAGGGCGAAACUGCGUCAGCUAAGCAAGGGACAAUCCAAACAAUCUCCAAAACCUGUCAAACGGAAAUCACCUUCACCAGAGGCGGAACAGCACAAACCAGCAACACCGCCUCAAUCGCACUACGUUAACAGUAACCCAUGGCAACAGCCCCCAGUCGAUAUGCGAAUGCCUAUGGGGCGCUCGAACUAUCAGCCGCCUAACAUGAUGAAUAGUAUGAUGGGUAAUAUGAUGAACGCGGGAUGCGCGAUAGGAUCAUCAGGUCCCAGGCUCCUUCCACCGCCACCACCGUCCGCGUACCACCACUCGUCCCAGGAAUACCCAUAUAUGGCGAAUAACCCCGGGCAAGUGCCGGCUAGCACUAUUGCGGGCAACCCGAAUAUACAGGGGAAUUUUUAUACUUCCUCUAUGAUGUAGAUUUUAGAUUAUGACGACAAUAACAUGCAGAAAUAAUAAUCAGCCAAGUCACUUCAAAACAUGAACACUUAAUUUAAAGAUAAAAACUUACAUAACAGACGAAGGUAAAUGAGUAGUAACGUGAGUCGCACAGAUAAAAGCUAUUAUUUUUUUAAGUUUAGGCAUCGAGCACAAGUGAAUCCAGAAGGGUGUUGUUCCACUAAGAUGCCACCACUCCUAACUGAACUUCACAUGGCAUCACCACCUUCGCCAUAUUCAUCUUGACGCCAUGCAUCUUGAUUGACUGUGUACUUUAUUUGAUAAUAAAAUGCACAUGCAUGGGUCAAAACAGCAUUACCACAGAAAUUACCAUUAUUCCUAUUUUUUUAAAUAAUUUUCGGUGAUCUGCGACAGAAAAAGUUGUUCUGAGGCUCACGAUAUCUGAAUAUUUAAAUUAAUUUAAUCCAGAAAGUACGACAGCAGUAGUUUAUACCUAUUUCCAAACCUAAACAGAUAAAUUAAAAUCAUCUAUCAAUUAACAUGUAUUUAUAAGUUUUCUCAAGUCUAAAUAACUAUUGUCUUAUGUUUUGAAUGGAAAGGCAUGUUCAGAUAAAAACUAUAGUUUCUUUUUUAGUUGUUUUAUGAUAAGAAAUUCCAAUGCUCGACAACCUCCGAAAGACAUGGAGGCCAAAUUUGUGAUUCUCUGCGAUGUAAAAAGAGUGUAAAUACUACGAAUCGGAAUAAAUAUAGAAUACAGCCAUGAA